AUGUCUAAGCGUCUGGCUAAUCUUUUUGCCCCACCCUCGAAAGAGGAGAUCAAUGCUUGUUGGGACCUUUGCCGGCUGAACAACCAUAUGGGCUGUUGGACAACUUGGAUACCAACGGCUUGGGCCCUCGCAAUGGUUUAUCACGCUCAGCCUGAAAUACCAGGAAGUGUAGCGUUACUUUGGGCUGCGAAGUAUCUGGUGCUGUGUUCUGGAAUUAAGUCGCUCAUAAUGGCGAUCGAUGAUAUUUUAGAUCAUGACAUUGACGCUAUGGUGUCCCGCACGAAAGGCCGUGCCAUUCCUAGAGGCUCGAUAUCUCUGGAACGUGCCUGGAUGUUCUUUGGAAUUCAGGUAGUGCUCGGAGUGUUUCUUGCGCAAGCCCUUUUGGAUCCUGUCUCAUGCCGUUUUGCUGCUGCCGCUGCACCCUUGUUCAUCAUUUACCCUACAUGCAAGCGGUGGAUGUACUUCGCCCCGGUCGUUUUGGGUCUCAUGUUCACCGUCGGUGUCUUUAUGGGUUGGAGUACGUUGAGCCGCACCAAGGAGAUGCCGUACGAAAUGCUUGUUCCCAUUUACAUCGGAGGCUGCUUCUGGGUCUGGACAUACGAGACAAUUUACCAACACAUGGAUAAAAAUGAUGAUGUGAAGAUUGGGAUUCGCUCUUCUGCCUUGCUCUGCGGUCAAUACACAAUCCCUGUGUGCUUUUCCACUGCCAUAGCAUUCUUCGGACUGCUUACCUACGGAGGGUACUUGAAUGGGCACAGUUACCCAUUCUUCGCUGGGGUCCUGUUAGCUGCGGGAUUGUUAUUGUCGAAACUUCUGCGUACCGACAUUGAUCGACCCGCUGAUUGCAGAGACUUUUUCCUGCAAACACCUUUGAUUGGGCAAAUUCUUGUCGGAGGCUUUGUAGCUGACGCCGUCAUUGGUCGAAUUUCGAAUGGCAUAGCUCUUUGA